AUGGUUUGUGUGUGUAACAGGUGCACGUUCUGUAGCAGCCCGAGUGACAGUUUGGAAACUAAAUCUGUGAAAGAUGUUUAUGAAUAUCUCUGGGAGAACAGCACAGACAUUGCCUUUAAGACAAUCCAGGUGGACUUCCUAAAAGAAAUGCAGAAUGGCAGUCUGCAGGCAGAGCGUUACAUCAGCUUCACCAUGCAAGACAUCAAUUACAUACUGAACGUGACGGAAAUGUUGAAGAAAAUGAGUGCUAAAGUCCUGCCUGUUGACCUCAAGAAAUUCAUGAAUGGCAGAUACUCAAGUUAUAAAAAUUAUUCAGACUUAAUUCUCAACCAAUUCUUUUUCAUGAAUGAGCCAACUAUUCGGCCAACUCCAGCUAUGACGAAGUAUCUGUCCUUCUACAGAAACCUGAUGAAAGAUGAUCCGGUGUACUUUGCUGUGGGUCUUCUGCCCUGCCAAAGACUCUGGGGGUGGCUGGGUGAAAACCUCAGCACACCUCCAACUACAGCGUACUACACUUGGAAGGUGGAUAAUAUGGGUGGCCAUCCGGAGAAGCACUACAAAGCCCUGCUGAACAAGUAUCUGAACACACCUGGAAAAGUGGUCAAGGCCAAAACUAUAUUCCGUGCACAGAUGCAAAAUGAGCAUGAUUUCUUCUCUUCAUCUUAA